AUGUCAACGAUGUGGAAGAGAUUGAGCGGCGUACGAAGCUCAUCGCAUUCGUCUCACGACAAACCUGUUGAGGCUUUAGAGGCAAGAGCCCAUCAUAAUUUUCAAGAGAACAGUGUUGCUCGCCGCAAGUUUUUACCUACACAUCGAAAUUCUUCAACUUUUUCAACUUUUUCAGGAUUCUCUUACCCACCUUUCGAAUCUAGUUCUCACAAAGUAUUAUUAGAACAAGCGGCGCCAUUUCAUUGUGAUUCAGAGGGUGAGAUAUAUUUGCCACCAGUAUCCCACCGCUUACCCUUCCUCACUACGCCAGAACAUCACCUCUACCAAGACACGAACAGCGCUAGACUCAGUGACAUUGAAAUAUCACCCCUAAGUUCCCCAGAUUUGAGAGAAUGGCACCUUAGACGACAAUCAGGAGUAGAUGAAGAGGUUUCUCCGAUUGACGAGACUGCUGACUCUAUAUUAUGCCAAGACCGCAAAGUAAAUGAGAAUAUAAAAACUUACUCAUGUACAUCUGCUGCUUGCGGAGAUAAACCUCAAAAAAAGAAUUAUUCACUAACAAAUACUGCACUAAGCAAUAAAGCUAGUUCCAAUGAUAAAUUGGAUCAGGUGGUAAUUUUAAGUCAGGUAACAGGACGAGAAAAAACCAACAGCCCGGAGUUAAAAAAGAAUAAACCAAAAAAACUAAUUAUGCCAUUUGGCGUAGUUUUGCGGUCUGUGCAUGAAAACAAAGACGAAAAAGCUGGUACCCCGACAGUAACAUCUUUCGGAAAGCGCCUUCGCAAGCUUAAACCGCCUAUAAUUCGUGAGAGAUCGGAGCAAAAAAAUGUAGCGAAUUACACGCUUUCCUCCACAACGAAAACAGUUGACAACCAUGAUACACACCCCGCCAAGCAUUUAACAAAAAGUCGAUAUAUAGAAGGUUUAUCAUCACCUGAAGCAAGAAUAACGCCCGAAAUUGAUGAUUACAAAAAAUUAGCUAAUGAAUGCCCUACUUUAAUUGAUGUUACAGCUCAGCCUAGUUUUGAAGGCCCUGCCAACUAUGAAACGAUAGAGGUAAGUAAUUUACAGGCUAACGGGGAUUCCAAAAUCGGAAGUGUGCCUGAGCCAGCUGUAAGCGAUGUAGAUAUAGACAGUGUGAUGGAUGGAAGUCAAACUCCAACAGGGUCUCCAGAUCUAUCCACCCCCGUUACGCCUCUAUCUAUAGACGUUAAUCUGAAACCAUCACUAUCACCCGCACAUACACACACGACAAUAACCGAGCGCAAAUCUCUCCAACAACCGGAGGCGUCCAAGCUCUCUAACUUCGAAAAAAAAGACGCUCAUUUCGUACCGUCUCCUAGCCUUGAUAAGAUUACACAUACACCUGAGGAAAUCCAAGUACAAUCCCUGACCCUUCAUGGUGUACGAGAUGAACAACCUCACGAAACUAACGCUUCGACCCAGCAUGAGCAGUCACUUAUCAACCGUAAACAACCCCAAGGCAUAGCACCUACAUCAAAUCGAAUCGUUCGUAAAGCCUUACCUCCAAAUAGCCCGAUUUUUAUCAACAUGGCAACCUCGACUGCCCUUGGCGCCAACAAAAACCUCUUCCACUCGAAAAACCUACCACAAACUCCUCGUGAACAUUCCUCGAAUGAUCUCGUUGGUUCAUUACAAGCGCAUCUUGAAGACCUCGCACACCGCCGAUGGAAUAUUUCUCGAAGUAUUCGCCAAAUGACACAAUUAAUGCCCAAAGAUACUCUACUCGGUACUGAGGAAGUACGACAGAGGCGCGAGCGUGAAAAGCGAAAAGUUGAGAUGCUGAUGAUGGAAGAAGCAGAUUUAAAAAGAGAGGAGCAUCAAGUUGGUUUACGGCUUCAUCGUGCCUGGAAACGCAAGGAUUUAGAUGCUGUUUAUGAGCCGACAAGCCUAUGGGUUCGUCGAGUAACAGGCGUGGGCAAGAACUGGACCUGGCCCCAGCAGGAUUUACCGGUGGUCUUCAAGUAG